ACUUCCCGCUUCCGUCCCGUUCCCGUCUCGGCUUUGCUCUACUGUUCACAUUUCUCCUUGUUGCUCUUCUUCUCCCAACAAAAUUUCGCUCCUGUUCUUCUCUCCAUGAUCGUACGAGAACCAGCUCUUGUUUUCGAUUCAUUGCCAUCAAAUUCGAUCAGGUUUCUGCACCGUCGUAUGGCGGUUCGUGAUUCUCCAUCCAGCUUGUUCUUGUGAAUUCUUCAAUCUAUGGCUGCUCGAGGUGUUGAUUUCAAGUGGUAUGACGGGUUUUUCUUGUCGAUGCUCGCGACUAGUGUAGUAAUGGUUUCAAUCAAUUGGAAGAGGUAUCAUACUUGUGUACAUCCCUUGCAUAUAUGGAUUGUGGUUGAUUAUACUGCGGUCUUUGUUUUUCGCCUGCUUAUGUUUGUAGAUAAUGGACUUGCUGCUGGAAUGGGUUUGGACUUUGGUUGGCAGCAGAGGUAUGCUCGAUUUUGUGGAAGAAUUGUGGUUCUUUCAGUUCUUGCACUUCUGCUAUAUCCAUUUCUUUGGGCUUGGACUGCCAUUGGUACUUUAUGGUUUAGAGAAGCCCAUAAAUGUCUUCCCGAGCAAGGCCAGAAAUGGGGAUUCCUAAUUUGGUUGCUUUUUAGCUACUGUGCACUCGUAUGCAUUGCUUGCAUGUCAUUGGGAAAGUGGUUAACUCGUAGACAAGCACUCUUGUUUCGGGCGCAACAAGGGAUCCCUGUAUCAGAAUAUGGGGUCUUGGUUGACAUGAUCCGAGUGCCAGAUUGGGCUUUUGAAGCCGCUGGACAAGAAACAAGGGUAAUGGGCCAAGAUGCUGCUGCAUACCAUCCUGGACUUUACUUGACUCCUGCUCAGAGGGAAGCUGUGGAAGCACUUAUUGAGGAACUUCCCAAAUUUAGGUUAAAGGCUGUUCCAACAGAUUGCAGUGAAUGUCCUAUCUGCUUAGAAGAGUUCCACGUAGGGAAUGAGGUUCGUGGCCUCCCUUGUGCUCAUAAUUUCCAUGUAGGAUGCAUUGAUGAGUGGCUUCGACUAAAUGUGAAAUGCCCUAGAUGUCGCUGCUCGGUCUUCCCAAACCUUGAUCUCAGUGCUCUGUCCAAUCUCCGUUCCGAUGUUGAUAGGCCAUCUGCAAGUGUUGUUACGGCCAACCAUUAUAUGAGAUCUCAACCUUCCAGCCAAAGUUAUCUGGUGAGAUUGCAGGGUCUACUUCGACCUGUUCGCACAGAAAGCACUGAUGCACAAAGUGAUUUAGAGUCUGCUAAUGCUUUGGAAGCCGCUGAGAAUGCCUCUAUCCAUGACCAAACAAUACCAGGACGGUCUCCCGUAAGACCCAUGUCUUUGAGUCAGUCCACAUCGCAGCUCUAGGUAGCUGGGGGUGUUUUUCUCCCUUUAUAUUUUGACUGCUUCUAACUGCUACUGUAAAAACUAAACGAAAAGUGUCCACAUCUUGCCAUUUGCAAAUCUCGGCAAUUGUGUAAUAGACUAAUAGUAAAGCUCGAACGUUUGUUUUUUUGUAUCCGAGGAAUCUUGUUACAUUCUAGAAAAACUCAAUCUUUCCACUGUUUAUCUUUA